AGCGGUGUGCGUGUGCUUGUGCUGUUCACGGAGGUCUCCUUAUUCUACGAUGAGUUUGUUGCUGCGUUCAAUGGGAGUGCUGCUGCUGAGCGCCUUGUGUUCGCGACGAGCCUGCCGCACUGGGCAGACGAGAGCACGACAUCUGAGACGGUGCAGCUGUUCCACGCUGCUGUGGAGGAAAAGGCGAAUUGGACCCCGCUGGCGCUGAGGAACUUCGCUACUACACUGGUAAUGCAAACUGUAGUGUCUCAGAUAGUGCGAAUGAGUGCUGAAUUAUUGGUUGAUUUCUUCUACAAGAAUGUUGCCAUCACUGUGGCUGAUAUGCUUUACGGACCCUUCAAGGACGGCAAGCGGUGCGGUGACCAGAAUAACGUGAGCUCUGCUGAGUGUGCUGUGAACUACGGAGCGACGUAUAUUUCUGUGUGGUCGAUGGCCCGCGUGCUGGACCCCGCAGUGCCUGAGCUGUUCCCCGCUGUGACGCCGUCGAUGGAGUACGGGGAGCCCGAUAAGAAUGGUCUCUCAGAUGAUCA